GCCGACAUGGCGUCCCCGACCGUGGCCUCCCCGAGCCGCGCCCUCACCGACACCACCGCGCCCUCGCCGGCCUCCCCGCCGCGGCGCCUGGCGUCGGCGCCGCCCGGCGGCGUGGACGCGUACGCCGUGUCGUCCCCGCUAUCCGCGCGCUCCGGGGACGGCGAUGUCUCGAGCCCGAUGCUCGCCAUCAAGAGCGAGGAGUACAGGCUUAUGUUCCGGCUUCCGUCGGACGAGGUCCUUGUGCAAGAUUUUAACUGCGCGCUCCAAGAAAAUAUUCUUCUUCAGGGUCACAUGUAUUUAUUUCUACACCAUAUAUGCUUCUACUCUAACAUUUUCGGAUACGAAACAAAGAAAACUAUAGCUUUGCAGGAAGUCACUGAUGUUCGUAAAGCAAAAACAGCUGCUAUUUUUCCUAAUGCCAUAGAAAUUGUCGCUGGUGCAAAGAGGCAUUUUUUUGGAUCUUUCUUGGCACGCGAUGAUGCAUAUCGUGUCAUAGUAGAUGGUUGGGAACAACAUGUCAGUGAUGCUAGAUUGCUCAGUGAACGUCAGGAUGCAAAGUCAGCAAGCAGCAGUGACGAAAAUGGCUAUGUUUUGUUGGAUGAAGGAAAAGAAUCUAAACAGGAUGAGGAUUCGUCGCCAUUGAACAGGUCUUCCAGUCCUACAGCUGUCAUGAGCGGUAAUACUGAUAGUGGCGAUUCAGACAUCAAUACUUCUAAAAGGUUUUUAGAAGUGCCAGAGGAUGGAACUGAAGAGAUCGCUGCAUCACUUAACCCAUUCAGCUUGGAGCCAUUUGAUGACAAUGCUCCUAAUGUACCCGAAUCCUAUACUUUGAUCGCGGAGUCUAAGUUUCAGGUGCCUGUGGAAGUUCUCUUUGAUCUGUUAUUCUCUGAUGGUGCCCUUGGCUUUUUGGAUGAUCUCCACAAAAAGUGUGGUGACAAAGAAUUCAGUUGUUCCAAAUGGCGAUUGGACGAGCAAGGAGGAAUUGUAAGAGAUGUCUCAUUCUUGCACCCAAUUAAAAUAUAUCUUGGUGCAAAAUUUGGGUCAUGUCAGGAGGUUCAGAAGCUUCGUAUAUACAAGAACAGCCAUGUCGUGAUUCAGACAUCUCAGGAAAUUGGUGAUGCACCAUAUGGGGAUCAUUUCAUUGUUGAGGGAAUCUGGGAUGUUGAACAAGAUAGCCUAGAUGAGAACAGUUGCUGCCUCAGGAUAUAUAUUAAUGUUGCGUUCUCAAAGAGAACCAUAUUUAGGGGGAAAAUAGAGCAAUCAACAAAGGAUGAAUGUCGCGAAGUUUUCGGUCUCUGGAUCAAGCUUGGCCAUGAUAUUUUGAAGCAGGAUAGCAGCUCUCGCUUGAAAGGAGCCUCCACCUCGACCAACACCGAUGUUCAAACAGAGCCUACUUUGAAUAUUGAAAAUCCUACGGAAAAUACAGUCACAUACAUGGCUUCUGCACCACAAGAUUCUGGUUUAAGUACCCUGGUUCCUCCUAUUGAACGUCAUCAUCAAAGCAUAGAAAGAGGUUCAACUUCACAGGAAUUGUGGGGUUCGAUCGUCUCAUAUAUGAGAUCGAGUCAAUAUGGUCCUGUUUUAGCAGUGUUUCUGGUGGCCAUCAUUAUCUUGAUGCAGGUAACAAUCAUAGUUGUACUCACUAGAUCCCCGAAGGUUCUGAUGGUCAGUCCUGAGGCCUCUGCGAGCAGCUUUGCUUCUUAUAGCAAGGAUAGCAUGGAGUGGGUGCAGAAGCGAGUCAGCUUGCUAAGCGAGGAGAUGCAGAUGGCGGAGGCGCACAUGGAGAAGAUGCGCCAUGAGUUUGCGUGGCUCAAGUCUCACAUCGAAAGAUUGGAGAGGUUGAGGAGUCGCUCAUGACCGCAAAUACAAUUACUGUUAGGUCAAGGUGAAUAUGGACGUAGUUGGUUGCCUGCAACCGAGAGCUUUGUGAUCUGUUGUGUGUUAGUGAACGUACAGUUACAUGAGUACAGGGUGAGGGUUGUUGUAGGAACGUUGCCUUAAGGCGAAAUCCUGGUAUAGCAUUGAUGAUAUGUACAUAUCUGGACUGCGCCCCAGUGUGGCCGGGUGGUGUAUUUAUAAGACGGCACAGCACGUUGGUGGUGUGCCUCAACGAACAUUGGUGCAGAAGAAUAUUUAUUUUCUGAUGACUUGAGAA